AUGAGAUUGCCGAUGGUUGAUUGCCGUAGUUUAAUCGAAUUUUGUCGUGCUUUUGAACAACACAAGAAUAUGAUGUCCGCAAACAAUAAUAAUCAGUCACGUAGGAAGUGGAACAACAACAACAACAGCAAUUAUAAUAAUAGUCAAGGUUGUUGCAAUUCGGUUAAUCCGUUAUCACACCCGUUUUGUGACAAAUCUUCUUUUGCUGCGUUGGAUAUUCUGAUGCUGAUUCUAGUGCUAGGAGCACUAGGGUUUUUAAUCAUACCAUAUGUUAACAUUUUAUACCAUGAGUUUCUAGAGAUUCUCCCUUUAUUCAUCGAGGUGAUUCAGGAAAUUGUUGUGGAUGCCCCGAUCGCGUAUGUGAUCGGGGUUAUCGCUGCGGUAAGUGGUGUGAUUGCGACGAUAGCCGCGUGGGAAAUACUCGAGGUUAAGUCGAGGAAAUGUGGGAAACCGAAGUGUAAGGGGUUAAGGAAAGCGGUUGAGUUUGAUAUCCAGCUCGAGCCGGAAGAGUGUGUUAGGUAUAUGGCGAUUGCGGAAAACGAUGUGAAGCCGUUGGAAUUGGGGCAGGAUCAUAAGGAGCUUGAGGCAGAGUUGAAGAAAAUGGCGCCGGUUAAUGGGCGGACUGUGCUUAUUUUUCGAGCGCCUUGUGGAUGUCCUGCUGGGAGAUUGGAGGUAUGGGGGUCUAAGCGGGUUCGUAGGAUUAAAAAGUGA